AUGUCACUCUGCAAAGCCUUCGGCAAGGACAAGGUGAUCUUCGCCACGGCGGAAGAUCACGCCACUCCAAGCACGGUGCAGCUGCCCGAGUCGGAACCGCAGCCCGGGCUGAUCCUGGACAACGGCGACAUCAACUGGAACUGCCCCUGCCUGGGUGGGAUGGCGACCGGACCGUGCGGAGUCGAGUUCCGAGAGGCAUUUUCUUGCUUUCAUUACAGUGAAGCGGCACCGAAGGGCUCGGACUGUUACGACGCGUUCAAGACGAUGCAGGACUGCAUGGGCAACUAUCCGGGCGUGUACGCCAAGCAGAACCAGCGGGAUGGGGACGACGACGACGAGGACGACGGGUUGGAUUUGGGCGCGGCGAUGGCCGGGGCGGAACAGGCGAGUCCGGACAAGGUGUCGGUGGACAGUGUUGAUGCGGCCGGUGCGGGAUCGUCGGCGGCAGUGGUGCAGAAAUCCGAUUAAUCUGUGGGGGACGUCAUUGUAAGAGGAGUGUGUUUGGUAGUUUUAAAUAAAGUUCUGUUCGAUUAGUGGAA